CACGCCGCGACCUCGGCCAGCUACGACCAAGUGAGCAUUCUCUUCUCGCACGUCGAGGGGUUCCACGACUUCAGCAUGGAGCUGGACCCCCAGGACUUGGUGAAUUUCCUGAACCAGAUGUUUUCGCAGUUCGACCGCAUUUGCGACGACAACCAGGUGGAGAAGAUCAAGACCAUUUAUCUACAAAAAACAUCCAUAAUUCUCCCCUUCCAAUUUGUCAUGGAAAACAUGAAGCAUCGCCUGCAUUUGUCAUGAUGCUAUUAAAGAAAGUACAUCAUGGGGACGAUGGUUUUUUUUUUUCUGUGGAUACGAUUGGCGACGGCUACAUGGCCUGCGCCGGGCUGCCCGAAGACAACCCCGUCCACGCGCACGCGAUCGCGCGCUGCGCUUUGUCCAUGGUCAUGCUGGGGCGGCAGGGCUACUUCCCGCACCCGAAGAACCCGGACCACACGCUGGAUAUCCGGAUCGGGAUCCACUCCGGCUCCUGCGUCGCGGGCGUGAUUGGCCAGCGGAAAUUCGCCUUCGACAUCUGGGGCGACGCGGUGAACACCGCCAGUCGCAUGGAGUCCAGCGGCAAGGCGGGGUACGUGCAGUGCAGCGACGUGACGCACGCCUUGAUUUGCGAGGACUUCGAGUGCGCCACCGACGGCGCGAAGCUGGUGAAGGGCAAGGGGUGGAUGAACACCUACUACGUGCUGCGGCAGUACAACCCGCGCAAGCACUACACAGUG